CCACACAGCAUCACAGCCAUUCCGAUGUGUGCGAGACCAACACCACAGAAGGGGCACUGUCAGGGGUGAGGACAGGAAACGGAAGUGGCUCUCAGAGGACGUUUAAGUCUUGUUGGCGCGCGGCGCUAAAGCGAGUGCACGAGGUUUUAAGGCGUGACAGUCAUCAGUGAUUUUGAGGAUUUCUUGCUGUCUCUGUGGAGCUGUUGAGGUUUCUCCUUACUGGAGGCUGCGGGAUCUUCCAUUCAUUCUGACCGCAGCCCAUAUACCGACUCCCCUCCAGCUUUGGAAGGUGGGCUGAGACCCAGGGUGAACAUGUCAGCUAAUAGGAAAUCACCCCAGAGGCUCCCUGCUCUGGUUCCAGGACUGCCUGGCAGAUCAUUUGAGGAAUGGCACAGACUGGACCCCGCUCAGAGGACCAUGCAUAAGGAUGUCAUGUUGGAGAACUACAGCAACCUGGCGUCUGUGGCUCACGAAGAUGCACCUUCCUCCUCCAUCAGAGGCCCUAAGCUCAGACAACUUGGCCCAUGUCCUGUGCCAUUUCCCAUUAACAGGCCUCUGCGUGGCCAAACCAGAGAUGAUCUUCAAAUUGGAGCGAGGGGAAGAGCUGUGGAUAUUAGAGGAGGAAUCGCCAGGCCCUGGUUACCCAGGAUCUCUCUCACUGCUGUGUGACAACAGUUCUGUUGGGGGUAAUGCCCUUGGGCAUGAUAAUGACCUCCGGCAUCAGAAGAUUCAAACUUUGGACCAAGCUGUUGAAUAUAAUGGUUACGGGAAAAUCUUCUACAAGAAAACAGGCUUUGUUGGUCCUAAAAAGGCACACACAGGGGUAAAAAACUUUGGAUGUCACGAAUGUGGGAAAGCUUACUGCCGGAAAUCAAACCUUAUUGAACAUCUGAGAAUACACACAGGGGAGAGACCUUAUGAAUGCGCAGAUUGUGCAAAGACCUUCAGGGCAAGGUCAUACCUCAUUGCUCAUCAGAAAACUCACACAGGGGAGAAACCCUUUGAAUGUAACGAAUGUAGGAAAUCUUUCGGCAGGAAGUCACAACUAAUUCUACAUCAGAGAACGCACACAGGAGAGAGACCUUAUGAAUGUACCGAAUGUGGGAAAACCUUUUCUGAGAAGGCAACCCUCAUGAUUCACCAGAGAACUCACACAGGAGAGAAGCCCUACGAGUGUAGUGAAUGUGGAAAGACAUUUCGAGUUAAGAUAUCCCUUACCCAGCACCAGAGAACUCACACAGGGGAGAAACCAUACGAAUGCGGGGACUGUGGGAAGAACUUCCGUGCAAAGAAAUCCCUAAACCAACAUCAAAGAAUUCACACAGGCGAGAAACCCUAUAAAUGUGGUGAAUGUGGGAAAUUCUUCAGAAUGAAAAUGACUCUCAAUAAUCAUCAGAGGACUCACACAGGUGAAAAACCCUAUCAGUGCAAUGAAUGUGGGAAAUCUUUCAGGGUACACUCAUCUCUUGGGAUACAUCAGCGAAUUCACACAGGAGAGAAACCUUAUGAGUGUAAUAAAUGUGGUAACGCCUUCUACGUAAAAGCACGCCUCAUUGAACACCAGAGGAUGCAUUCAGGAGAGAAGCCCUAUGAAUGUAGCGAAUGCGGAAAAAUCUUCAGUAUGAAGAAAUCUCUUUGUCAACACCAGAGAACUCAUACUGGAGAGAAACCCUACGAAUGUAGCGAAUGCGGAAAUGCCUUCUACGUGAAAGUGCGCCUCAUCGAACAUCAGCGAAUUCACACAGGAGAGAGACCCUUUGAAUGUCGGGAAUGUGGGAAAGCCUUUUGCCGGAAAGCACACCUCACAGAACAUCAGAGAACGCAUGUAGGCCGGCCCUUGCCUUGUACAAUGGAGAAAGCUUCUUUGUGAAGGCUC